AGCUGCUCACUGCGCGGCUGGGUCCGUCGUCCUCCCUCAGCAGCCCGCCAUGGCUCGCGCUGGGUCCUCCUCCUCCCCCCCACGGUCACCAUUGCCUCCCUUGCCUCUGACUAGGGAAGCUGCAGAGGAGGAGGAGGAGGAGGAGGAAGAAGAAGAUCCCCCAUCCCGGACUCUCGUCCCCCGCUCCUCCCCGGUGCCCAGGCCCCUGCACCUUACCGCCCCCAUGGGGAGCAGCACUUCCUCAGACGACGACGACGAGGAGGAGGAGGAGCACCACCAGCACUCCUGCUUGGCAGGGCCACUCUCCCAGCAUCCUUCAGGCCUGCCUGGGCCACUUUUCCAGCAUGCAGUGCAGGAUAGUCAAGGGUUGACCUCCCAGCAUGCUCAAGGGCAGCCAGGUGUGUUCUCCCAGCAUGCAACUGCUGUUGCGACCACAGUGGAGGAGCCCUCCCAGAAUUGCACAGGCCGGCAUGUGUUGUUUGCUGAUGCCUUGGGCCUGCCCUUGGCACACUGGCGGCGCUACCAGCCUUGGCCGCCGCCUUCACCUGAAUCUCCCCCUGAAGUAGUGCCACCUUUAGCCUCUCAGCCACCCUCCACUCCUACCCCCUACUUUUUGCCAUCUUUUGUGUUGCAGCCAAUGGGGCAAGGUGAGGAUGAGAAGCUUGAACGCCUGCGCCAUAUCAAGGUGGAGCUGGAAGAGUUGUUGCCCCCCGAGUCAGGGGAGCCACGGGUGCUAUAUGGCACGGUACGUGUGCUCAACAUUUCUUACCACAAGGCAGUGCACAUACGGGCCAGCCGAGACCGGUGGCAGAGUCAUUGGGACUACCCUGCCCUCUAUAUUCCUGGGGGGUCACCAGAUGGUGGCCUGACUGACCGCUUUUCUUUUCGCCUGGACUUUGGUGAUGAGGAUGAUGAAGAUGAGGAGGAAGGAGGGGCCCGGCUGGAUUUUGUGGUGCGGUACCAGACUGAGGAAGGUGUCUACUGGGCCAACAAUGACGGCAGGAACUACAGUGUGGUACUGAAGGGGGCGGCACCUCCCCAGGGUCUGCCAAAGAGGCCUGGCAAAGAAGGUGAAUCACGCAGGCUCAAGAGCUGUAUGAGACCAAUGAAAAUCAGGUCAAGUGAAAAUGAGCUGCGAAUAGAGGACAUAGCUCAGCCUGUCUAUACUGAAGAAAGGAAAACUGAAAGAGACUUGACCAGUGAAUUCCCCAACCCUCCUGCACUGCAGCCCCCUCUUUCUAUGACACAGAUUCCGGAGCUCACAAUCACCACCAACUCCCCAGAAAAGAAGGAACCUUCUAGAGAUCAUCUUGUGGAUUUCACUGAGUCCCCACAGGCACUUGCUUUCACAGUCCAUCCUUCAUCCCACGAGGAGCUGAAAGUGCCAUGGGGCUUGAUGCUGGGAACUGAAACCCAUCCCUUGGGGCAGUGGGAUGUGCCCGAGUUCAGCAAGUGUGAUCUCACCACAGAGGGGUCUUUCAUGGAGGAGUGCAUGGAGGAGCAAUUGAGAAGGUACCAAGAGUUGCCCUGCCGCUUGGAGGAAGAUGCUAUAGACCGGGAGCUGGAGCAGCUUUACCUGUCUCACUUGAGCCGGCUCCGAGCUGAGGAGCUUGGAGGACGAGGGGAGUGGGCUGAGGAGGGUUCAGGCAAUCCUGGCAGCCCUGCACCAUAUCUCAUUGCCUUGCGGCAGAGUGUCUUGACUGACCGUGACCUGAUAGUCAACUGGACAGGCCCCGAGAGAGCACUGAAUAGCUCCCUGGCAGAGGAGAUCACGCUGCACUACGCCAAACAGCGGGGUGAUGACUCCAGAGACAGUGAGGAGGAAGGAUUCACACCAGGGUAUGCAACAAUGGCACCACUCGAGUUGGUGGGACCAGGCCGUGAUAGCCCGCCUGUCCUACUAGAAGGCUGCUUUCUAAAUAACCUGGAAGAGGGAAGUGUCCAACAAAGCUUAGCUAAGGACUCUGACUCUUUUGUCAGCUUGAAAGUGGCGUCACCCAACACCUCACGACCGGCCACUCAGGAGGCCAUGGUGAUGCCCCUGAUAGUCCCAGCCCGAACACUAGUACCCCUACCACAACGGCCCACAGAUCUGCUGUCCAGCCCUCUUGGUGCCCAUGGACAGAACAAGAGCCAGAGCUUCUUGAUAAGGCAAGGCAGCCUCUGGUUGGGCGAGGGGCUUCAUGUCCACAAGCCUUCUGAAAACAACCCCAGUUCUCAUAGUGAACUUGAAAAGAUCUUAAUACGCUCCCUGCGGUUCCUCAGCCUUUUUGUCUUCCUGCCUGUGGUCUUCAAUAGUUGCAUGCCCCUGGUGGCUGUUACGCUUUACCUUCUCCUGGAUUGGUUCUCAUAGUUCGGCAUCUCUUUCUUUGAGUUGUCAAAGGGCCCAUGAGAGGACCCAUCUGUAGCUUGGCUACAUCCCUGUUUUUGUCUGAACAGCCAUGGUUUGAAUGAGAGAAAGAGAGGACAAGCCAAGUCCUCUUGAGAGAUGAUGGUGUGUCUAAGUUGUGGCAGCUCAUAAUUUCCCAAAGUUUAGUGUAUUUUUCUUUUUCUUUUUUGUGAAAUCAUCUAGUAUAAAAGGGUGUUUUUUAAAAAUUGCAUUAUUUAUGUCCACCCAUGAGGAAAUUAACAAGGGCUGGCUCCAAAGGUUGGCAAAGUUAGGAUCCUCAUAAGUGACAAAGGGCCUACCAUUUCAAUGGCACCCCAUUUUCACUUUGCAUAGUUCACCCAAGAAGGUCAGAGGCAAUGUGAGAAAAUUCUAGUGUUGUCUGUCCCUAUCACUUGCAAGAUAAAAGGGCCAACUAAGGUUGUCUUGCCUGACAGUCUGCUAAAUCCUAGAUCCAGCACUGUGAUCAUGUUUCUCAUUUUUGUCAGGUAUAAAUUUGUAGGAGGCAUCUGCGAUGAGGAAAGCAUUUUAUUUUUCUUCCCUAUAUAUUUCCAUGUUGGGAUUUGUUCAGCCUACUCUUUUCCGAUGGUUGGCUUUCAAAGGCUAAAAUAAUAAGCAUACUUACCUGGCAGUAAGUCCCAUUAACUAACGUCUGGUUUAGGACUGAGGUGAAAAUUUCCUAAAACAUUCUUUGAUAUAUGCUUUUUUAAAUAAUAAUAUAAGUAUAAGUAUACCCUUAUACUUAACAUGCACUAUGAGCAGGUUCUGACCUGUUAACUUGUUUUGUGAAAAAGGGGGGGGGCACUUUUUUUUUACAAAAGGGAUAAAACUAGGCUAUUUGGAAAGGUUAACCAAUUAAUCAAAACAUUCAUUUUAAAAAAAAAUAAUUUUAAAUGAACCAUUUGAGAAUUUUCAAAAAAGAGCCUUUUUAAAUCAAAAGAUUUUUAUGAAAUCGGUGUCUGCUUAUUCUGUGCAUAAUACUAAGGCAGAGCAUGGCGACUAGAUUCAUGGGCAGGCUGGAUCUUGGAGGAGUCACUGGCUAUGUCCCUCUCUGAGUCCUUUCAGUAGAAAAGUGGGAUGAUUAGGAUGAUUUUUUCUCCUUUAAGCCUUGUCCUUAACCACUUAUGUGUGACAAAAGGAAUUGGUGAAUGGAGCAGAAACAAGCCAGUUACCUCCGUUUCUAGCCCUGCUCCUGCUUAAAACAAAACCACAGAGGAACUUUGAUGACUCUUCCAGAGUAAGAAAAUAUACAUUCUUGGACUUUUGACAGACUGGCUCAUGUUGCUCCCAGUAUACCAAUUUUAUUAGUUAUUUCCUGUGACAAUAACCGAACUUACUAGUAUACCAAUCAGUAUUAGUGUGUUGAUGUUUUUAGUUCUUUGAUGUGAAAAUCAGAGGAACAUGUCCAACCUCAUCCUCACCAAAAAGCCUAGAAUAUUUUUAUUCUUCGGAGGCAGGAAAAUCGUAGAUUUCUUUUAGGUUACAAUCCAGCAGGACAUUCUCCUGUGAGAAUGCCAAUGAAAUUAAGAAGAGCUUUUGGACUGCUCCUGUUCAUUUCACUGGGGUUUGCCCAGGUGAGUGUCUCACUGGAUUGUGGCCUUGGUUCUCAUAAUUUCCUGUUAUUUUAAGGAAACAAAACAGCAAGAUGUUUUCCAUUCCGAAGAGGAUGGCUAUGUUUUCAGUGUUCUGUGCAUCAAACUCCUGCAAAUUUCACCCGCUUCCAUUCCAGAUGGUCUAAAAGGUGAUGCAGCCAAGGCCCCUUCAUGCCACAAUCCUGAGCCACACCCCCAGCUUCUUAACUAGAGCCUUCAGACUGCUGACUUCAUCUCUGCUUUAAGGACGCUUUUCUGCGUGCUUCCUUGCCACCAGCAGGAUCCAACAUAGAGGACUACAGGAAAGCUCCCCUAAACAGAUGGCCCCAUAUUUAUUUUUGUACCUGAUGGGAAGGCCUGACCUUUUCUACCGUAGAAUUCACCCCAAGAUAGAGAGAUUUUAUUUAUUAACCAUUGGAGUGCAAACCCAGAGCAGUGGGUUCACAGAAGAUGAAAAUAAUUUAUUACUCUAUAUCCAUGUAUGUGUCUGCAGUGAAACAGUAGACUGAAAACAUCCUGUCUUCAUGUGCAAUAAGCUGAACUGGCAUUGAAUUUGCCAUGAAGAGACAACCCACUCCCAUGCUGCUAAACAUGCUUCAUUACUUCCUCUUGAAUGUUGUGCUGUCAACAGCUGCUGUGAUAGAGGUUGUGAGGCCUUGUGGAGGAAGAGGGAGGUGUUUGUGCGAGUUCUGAGGCCACUUCCCUCUGCUGAUCCAAACUUGGCCCUGCUUUCCCAUCCAACAGCAAAUGCUUUUAUCUAGGGAAUGUAGGUGUUUUUCAAAGGUGGAAAGUUGCUUGUGCUUCGUGGAGGUUGAAAUCCAGUCCAGAUUUCACAGUCCUCAGUGGAAAAAUCUGCAUUUGCUGAAUGGAAGCUGAGAUCUGAGAUUAGAAUGUUACCAGCAGCCACAGCUCUGUGUGUGUGCGUGUGUGUGUGCAUGUGCGUAUGUGUGCACGUUUCUUUGUUGACUUGUCUCAUGGUUACGGUCUUUGUCCUUCCUUCAUUAUUUUAUCUUCUGUCUUAGUCAACCUGUCUGAUCCCCCAUUAGAAAUAUAUUGCUUGUGCAAAUGUGUCUGAAGACACUCAUUCCACCUCAGAACAGUCUUGGAAGUGUUUUGAUCCAUCCACUUGGCUGCAAUGUGUGCAUCAGUUGCACUCCACACAUCUGCAGAAGCAUUGGGCAAAGCUAGGGGCUGCCUCAGGUGGCAGAUGUUUUGGCAACAUUAAGGGUCUUACAGUGGGAAGCAUGCCAUAGGGAACGAUCCACCAAGUCCUCCUGCACAAGAGCCCUUUUGUGCGCAUGCGCAGCUCCUGGUCACUUUGGAACUUUCCUAUGGAAUGUGCCCCAAAUAUAUUAGUAAGAGAGGAGAAGUACCUUCUGAUUUUUCUCCAUCAAGCACCCAAACAUCCAACUCACAAUUCCGGACCUCCUCUGGAACUUCCCAUAGGCCAGGGAUUUCCUCCGCCACACCUGCAGAUCUACCCCACAAACUCCUAAACUCAUCCUCUAAAUUAAAUUGCUUUGCAACCAGACGAAUGACACUAUCUGGCGACUGUGCAACCCUCAUCAAUCUUUUUAGCUGCAUAACAGGAACAGCCUGCUCUAACUUGACUAAGCCCAAACCUCCAUCCUUGUUCUUGACAUAAAAUAGACUCGAACUCGUCGACAUGGGCAGAUGUAACCAUUCUUUAACCUCUAACCUAAUCACAUCAUCAACCUUCCUUAACAUCGUUUUUGCAAGCUCAGUAUGAUCACACCAGUACAAUCAUAUACACCUGCAGCAACUUAACCUUCUGAGAUGGUUUCACCUUUGCCCUACUUAUCCUAUCCAACCAUAUAUUCACAUCCUCAUCCACAAUAUACUUGCAAACACCAAUCCAAGGAUCAAUUCUCACUCCAAGGUACUUCCCAACAUCUCCAGGCGAAAUCAUAUGAAUAGCCUCCAAACCAAUAGACCAGGGCAAACAGUUGUUGACAACAUAAGAGUCCCUAGUUGGCUGGAUGAAAAAAACAUGACAUUUCUUCGAUUGAACCCGAAGACCAGUUAACCUGCAAAACUUAUCAACAAUCCUAAGCUUUUUAACCAUCUUCCCGUAACUAUCGCUAAGAAUUGCCAGAUCAUCGGCAAAGGCUAGAGACGUAAGCCCCCAAUCAUUCCCUCGAACUCCGGCAUCUUCAGCCUCCAAACUAACUAAAAGUGGGUCCAUAGCUAAAUUAAAUAAAAGGGGUGACAAAGGGUCCCCCUGCUUAACUCCAACCUGCAGGUAGAUUUUAUCCGUGUCCCGACCUCCUAUACUAAAAUGGGUACUAGCGUUAUUAUAUGCAUCCAUGAUUAUACCAAUCAUGUGCAUAUCCAUCCCUCUCAAUUUAAGGACUUCCAUGAUAUGCUCAUGGGAAACUGAAUCAAAAGCUUUAGCAAUAUCAAUAAGCACUACACCUACCUCCUUCUUAUUCACUUUAGCUUCCUCAAUUAUGGUCUUCAUAAGCCAUAGAUUUUCUGAGCACCCCACAGCAGAUAUAAAGCCGCGCUGUCUCUGGCUUAUGGGACAGGCCUUCUGUAUCCUCAGCGUCAGAAUCUUAGAGAAGAGCCUCAAGACAACUGAGGAAAUAGUUAAGGGCCUCCAAUUACCGAUGUCCUUUAGCUCUUUUUCAUUAGUCGACUUUGGUAUCAAGGUAGACCUGCUGCCCUUAACCACCUCUGGAAUAAUUCCAGUGACCAACCAUAGAUUAAAUAGCUCUUUCAAGAUAACCCCCUUAUCCUUAGCUAUUAAAUCAGUAACCCUGAUCCCAUCAGGUCCUGAUGCCGUUCUUUUACUCAUUGCCUUCCUAUGAUAUACAAUUUCAUGCUCACUUAUCAAUUCCUCAAACAUCUUGUUAUCCGUUCCCGCACUAGGAACAAAAGCUCCCAGCCUCUUAAAGCUUGAUUUGGCUUCCCAUUUGUCCUUAAACAUCUUAAAAACAUCCUCAAGGGGCAAACCACACUUAACAGCAUAACGUUGGUCAAGAACGUACGAUGCUAACUCAGACCUAUUAGUCCUAAAUUUGACCUGCAUGUGCUUAUACAUGAAUCUCCUAUUAGCUCUUCGUUCCAUCCACUUUUUACUCCUACCAUUAGACCUCCUACCCCUCUUCCUUUUAAUAACUGUUAUCUCUUUCCUUCCCCUCUUAUCCCGUGCCCCAGUCGAACCUAUUCUGCCCAACACUAACACAGACACCUGGUUUACUUUAAGUCUAAUAAAUUCCUCAUUACCUAGCCAGUGGACAAGACCAUCCCUGAUAUUCCCAUCCUUAAUUUCAUUGCGAGCCAAAAUAUCUUUAAUGUAGCUCUUAUAAUACUUCUCCAGAUCCUGAACUGCGCCAAACCUAUCUUCCUUCAUAUACGUUUCCUCACCCUCCGCUGCAUCUACAUCAUCCACACCAACUCCAAUCUCCUCAACUUUACAUCUAUCCUCCUUUCCCUUAAGCAACCUCCUCUUAUCCGAGAUUUGUUUGGUCGUCUUUGUAGUAAGUUCUAAAUUAAUUGCUUUAUUAAUAAAUUUCUCAUCGCUAUAUUUCUCGCAAAGCAAUCUUAACUGAUGCUCCUCCUCCUGCGACCAAACACUACCUCUCCCUUGACCACUUAAACCUACCUUCUCACUAUUCCUCUUUAACCCCUCAAUCCGCUCAUUGUUACAUACCUCCGGAUGGGCAUGCCUCUUAUGCUGAGACAACCCAGAUUUACUGCCAAAGCCCUGCUUACACACUUCACAACUAAAUGGCUCCUUUUUCACCACUUCAAUUCUACUGUUACACUUAGGACUACAUUAUCUCCAAGUUACGUUCCAACUCUUAACAUUAUUUGAUUGUGGUUUAGCCCAGAGCCCAACUUCCUUAGUUCCAUAAGUACAAAUACUCAGGAGUACAAAUACUCAGGUGACCACAUAAUACAUCUGAUUAAAAAGGCCCAUGAAACGCGUGAUGGUUUACAGUAGGGGUGGGGAACUAGAUUUUUCCGGAAGGGUAGAUCUUUAUCUCUCCCACCCCUAUGGUCUUCAUAAGCCAUAGAUUUUCCGAGCACCCCGCAGCAGAUAUAAAGCCGCGCUGUCUCUGGCUUAUGGGACAGGCCUUCUGUAUCCUCAGCGUCAGAAUCUUAGAGAAGAGCCUCAAGACAACUGAGGAAAUAGUUAAGGGCCUCCAAUUACCGAUGUCCUUUAGCUCUUUUUCAUUAGUCGACUUUGGUAUCAAGGUAGACCUGCUGCCCUUAACCACCUCUGGAAUAAUUCCAGUGACUCUCCCCAGGUGAAAACUAAGGAUAGUUCAUAUGUUACAAUGCAAGGCAUGUUGUACUGCCUGUUUUUUUUUACAAUUUUUGGGCCAGGUUCUCACUCAGAACUACAUCUGGGCUGUUCUAUUUCAGACUGCAGUUAGCUGUAGGGCUUUCCAUGAUUGAAUGGUCCUCCAUUUAAAAUUGCACAUAGAAAACUAGCAUAUUGGGGGAAAGUCUAGGUUGGCUAGAACCCUUCUUUCUGACAUGACAGUUUCUAUGUGCAGGUUUUUUGUUUUUGUUAUAUGAGGCCCUACCUGCAGUCUGAAGAACCUGGGUCUCGGGGUUCACCACCACCAUCACCAUGUGUAGAACUAGCAUUCAUGCAUGGAAUUUCUGCCCCAGUUUGGUUCUAUCAGUUCCCAUGUACUAUCUACCCCUCACCAACCACAUUGUCAUUUUACAGAAGUCAGUGGUUUCUCUUCUCUGAACAGCAAUAAUAAACAAUCCAGCAGGGAUGAUGUUUUGGAUAAUCACCUUUAUAAUUAAUAUCCAAGAAUGUCCAAUAAAGCAUUUAUAUAAAAGCAGGUUCACCUGUUUUUGUAGGCACCCUUGUGCCUUGUCUGUAAUGUGCAAAUAAGCUACAACCUCUUGUGGAUCCAGAAAUGUACAGGCUAAAAACUACAAACACAGUGAACCAAGCCUCAAUUUACUGAGGGAGAUUAUUCCUUCUGUGUGAGCUCAAAGCAGCAAAUAAGUCCCAUUUCAAUCUCACAACAGCCCUUUGAAGGAAGAGAUUAUGACUUGCCCAAGGCAAGUAAGUAAAUAUGAACUUUGGCUCCCCCAGUGGAAAUCUGACAUUAUCCAUAAUAAUACUACGCUUGCCUUGGCUCCCUUUGCUAGAAGAAUGAAUUGUCUUCUCAUUCCACUAGAUAAUAGGUUGAAAUUGUGUGUAGUCCUUUGUCCAUCCCUAUGUGGCUACUUCCAGAGUAGGGUCCGGAGGCACAUGAAGCUACCACCUUGCUGAAGCUAAGAAGGUCUGGGUCUGGUCAUAGCCUGGAUGGGUGACCACCUGGGAAUUACAUGUAUGCCACCUUGGGUUUCUUGAUGGAAGAAAGGUGGGAUAUAAAUGUAAGAAAAUAGAAAAAUCCAUACUAAUAUGAACUAGGUAAGAGUGAUUAUGAUGGUCCUCUCCUGUCCGUCGGAUUGCUGGGGAGUGUGUAAGGCCUGGGAUGCUGUGUUUAAUUUGAGAUGGACCUUACCAGCACUUAGUUGAGUGUCAGCUGUUAUAACCUUGUGGAUGAAAAUGUGAGCUGGGAAAUCCCUGGCUCAGCUACAAACUCACUGGAUGACUUUCGGCAACCCAUUCAGUUACCCUGCUCUCCACUGAUGAGGAGAUAGUAACACUGACAUAUUGUAGGAUUGUAGGAAGGAUUAUUGAGAUUAUACAUGUGAACACUUUGAGCAUGCAGAAAAAGCAGUAUAUUACAGUCCAAUCUAUUUAAAACUAGUUGCCCCUAUUGAAAUUGACUUACAAGUAACUUGACCCAUUGAUUUCCAUGGGACUUGCAUGUAACGAACGUCCAAUUUGAUCAGGGCCUAAGUACUGUAUUAAGAGAGUGAUGUAGUGGCAAAGAGUGUAUGCUGGGAAAACUUGGCAUAAUCUCUCAACUUCAACCCACUGUCUUGAAGAGGGAAAUACUAUUCUACCUUGCAGUUGUAAGAAUUACUCAGAUAAUGUAAGGGAUUACUUCAAACACCCAUCUGAAGCAUUAUCUCUUCCUGGGAUCUCAAAAUCCUUUGCAAAGCAAAACUGGCUCUAAAAUUACAGUAAGUUAGCUCAGUGGUUCCCAAACAUUUCCCUGUGGACCACUUGAACAUUGCUUGUUUUGGUGGACCACUUGUAACAUUUGUAAAGCUCUGUGCUGGGUGCUGUAUGAUUUUUAAUUGUUUUUUUACUUCUUUUAUUUCUUAUAUUUAAUAGUGUUACAAUUUACACUCCACAGAAUUCAAAUUGUAAUACAAUAAAAUAUGAUAUAAGAAAUAAAACAAGCAAUAAAAUAUAAUUAAAAAGCAAUAUGAAUAUUUAAUGCAGACAUGCUGUGGACCACCUGAAUGAAGCUCAAGGUCUAUGGACCACAGUUUGGGAACUCCUGAGUUAGAUUGUAUUUGUUUAGGUUGUUUAACAUUUUUAUGAUAGACUGUAUCUUCUCAUCAACAGUCUGAUUUAUUAGGGUAAGGGGGUGUUUACACUGUCACUUUUGUGGCUGAUUUCAUGCACAUCAAUUUGCCAUGACUCUAAAUUGCCUAUGCAAAUGGACUGCCUUCAAGUUGAUUCCGACCUAUGGUGAUGGUAAGUGGUAUUCAGAGUUGAUUUACCAUUGCCUUCCUCAGGCUGAGAGGCAGUUACUGGCCCAAGGUCACCCAGUGAGCUUCAUGACUAUGUGGGUAUUCGAACCCUUGUCUCCCAGGUUGUAGUUCAACACCCUAACCACUAUGCCACAAUGGCGUAUGUACACUCGUAAUGUUUCUGUAGUGUAUGUAAAUUCUAUUGAGAGUUGUGCUUGAUGCUUGCAAGCUAGCAACAAGUACUUGUACUAGCUUUGUUCACAAGACUGGUUUGCUAUGAUCAGAUUCGGUCCAUGUAAUGAGAAAAAUGGUUGCAUAGUUUGAAUUAAACUUGAGUUGUGGACUUACAAAUGAACUCUUGUCCUUGGAUCCUUGAGCCUGAGCUUGUAGGAGACUUAUGAAAAGUGGCAAUGGUGUGUUACCUUGGUACAGUGUGCUAUAGCCACACAUCAGUGAUAAAACCCUAGCAUUCUCCCCUCAAUUUUUCAUCCCAUAGCCCUGUUUAACAUAUUCCUCAACCAGGAACUGGUUGCCUGGUUGGAGUGAUGGUUGGGAGCCUCUUUUUCUGUUGAGUAUCUGUUGCUCUUUGUUACACUGUGGAGUAAAGGAUAGGAUGGAACAUGUAAUUUCAGAAACAUGUAUGUAUGUAUGUAUGUAUGUAUGUAUGUAUGUAUGUAAUCAUCUGAGCUGUGCCUGAAUUGGAAGCACUAAUAAAAACAUCCUGACCAC